AUGAUCAACAAUUGGCUGAGAACAUUGGAUGAUAAAUCGAGCUAUCUGCGGAUCGUUUUCCUCGAUUUCAGUAAAGCGUUCGACCGCAUCGACCAUAAUAUCCUGGUCCCAAAGUUGCUGGCCCUUGGCGUCAGAUUGUCGCUUAUUCCAUGGAUAUGCAGCUUUCUCUUAAAUCGCCGUCAAUCGGUAAAGAUCGACAAUUUCCAAUCUGAUUGGGGCAUCAAUAACGCAGGUGUCCCUCAAGGAACCAAAUUGGACCCUAUUUUGUUCAUAAUUAUGAUCAACGAUCUUGAAUUGGCAUCCUCUAGCACUGACCAUUGGAAAUACGUGGAUGAUGUAACAAUAUCGGAGUCCUUAAAGAAAAAUGAAGUUUCAGUCCUACAAUCUGAUCUUAACACAAUUGAAAGAUGGACUGUUAAUAACAACAUGAAAUUGAACGGAAAGAAAUGCAAAGAAAUGAUAGUGAGUUUCGUCCGUAGCGAGAAUGACAUCCCCCGGCUCCUCAUUGAUGGUUUACCUCUAGACUUAGUUCCUUCUUUCAAAAUUUUGGGCUUAACCAUGAACAAUAAAUUGAAAUGGCAAGAUAACACUGAAGCGUUAGUUAAAAAAGCCUCAAAACGCUUAUACAUUAUUCGUGUCCUACAGCGCUGUGGUCUUUCCCCCAAUGACCUCUUACUAGUCUACUUUUCUAUGGUGCGCUCUAUCUUAGAAUAUGCCUGUCCUGUCUGGCACACCAUGUUACCAAAGUGUUUGGGGGUUAAAAUUGAAAAAGUUCAAAAAAGAGCUUUCCGUAUUAUUUAUCCGACAACAGAUUGCGAAGAUGCUCUCAACAUCGCUAAAUGCAAGCGCCUUGUCGACAGACGUCAAGAGCUAUGUGCUAAAACAUUAAAAAAGAUCUUAAAACCCGAUGCUCACCUCAACCACCUCUUACCCCCACUCCGUGAAGAAUCGCAUGAACUGGACUUAAGAAACAAUUCUAACUUCACAUUAACUAAAUGCAGAACGGAACGUUUUAAAACUAGUUUUAUACCAGCAAUGACUGCUAAUUUUAAUAGAAAAUAA